UGUUCUCAAAUUGAGCGGGUAUAUUUCAUUCGCUUGUUUACCAUUUUUGUGUUCAGAAACCAAGUUGGUGUUUUUCGUUCGAUAACGAUUAAUAAUAAAUUAGAAGAAAAUGCCACAAGAAGCUUGGGUUGUGAAGUGCUAUUCAUGCAAAAAAUUUCAGGUUCAAUUGAAGAAAAAGGCUAAGAAAUGGAAGUGUGUGGUUUGUGGAUCAAAGCAAGAUUUAAUGACGAUUUUUUUUACGGGUCAGCCAUGCGACUGCCGCGUAAACGUUCAAAAUUUGAAUGCCGCAGAAGGGGAAAAAAACGAAAAAUUACUGGCAAAAAUUGCGCACGAAAACGAAGCUUUGGACGAAUAUUUCAAUGAAGACGACUUUAACGAUGUUGAUUAUUAUGAUGAUGUCCACAAAGACAAUUUUACUGAAGACGACGGAUAUGAAAAUGAAUAUAACGCAACGGAAGCCUUAGCGGAACCAUGCCAAUCAUUGGCCGAAUUUGACGAUGAAUUUUCUCGAAAUUUAGAUAAUGAUCAGUUUGAGCUCAGAGAUCAGAUCGAAAGUGCUGAUUAUGAAAUGCAAAAGGCAUCAGAAGAAGAAAAGAUUAGGUUGUUAGAAUUUGACGAUGAAUUUUCUCGAAAUUUAGAUAAUGAUCGAUUUGAAGUCAAGGAUCAGAUUGAAAGCGCUGAUUAUGAAAUGCAAAAGGCUGCAGAAGAAGAUGAGAUCAGGUUCCUAGAACUUGACGCGGAAACUAUGUUCGGAAACCCUCACGAAGACAUUGACGAGUAUCUCGAUUUUUGAUUUUUUUUUUAUUAUAAGUUUUUAUUAUGGGUUUAAUUGAAUUAAAUUUUAU